AUGGCUACUCUUGAUGAUAACUGGCAGACAAAACAUCCAACUAUCAGCGAGAGAACCAAAUUUAUAUUCAAUAACGAGUUAUUAAGUGAUGUGAAGUUUGCAGUUCCUGUGUCGCAUAACGAAAGUAAAAGCCGGAAGAGUCAGACGUGCAUGAUUCCAGCUCACAAGUUUAUACUUGCAAUCAGCAGUCCUGUUUUCUAUGCCAUGUUCUACGGUGAAAUGGCGGAGACCUCAGGUACUAUUCAAUUGCCUGACUGUGAUUAUGAGAGUCUCUUGGAGUUGUUUCGUUUUCUGUACAGCGAUGAAGUGAACUUGAGCGGAAGUAAUGUGAUGCAAGUUCUCUACUUGGCAAAAAAAUAUCUGAUACCUUCACUCGCCGAUAAGUGCACUGAAUAUCUUCAGGAACAUGUAGAGGCGUCGAAUGUGUUCUCCGUUCUGCUUCAAGCUCAGCAAUUUGACGAUAAAGAUCUGGAAGAACGGUGCUGGGAAGUUUUAGAGACGCACACCGAGAAUGCUGUGACGUCGGAAGAAUUUGUCACGCUUGAUAGGUCUGUUGUUGAGUCUGUCGUGAAAAGUGAGAGAUUGAAUGUAAAGGAAGUGGAUUUAUUCAAAGCUGUUGAUCGCUGGGCCACCAAAGAAGUGGAAAGGCAAGGGCUGACCCCUGAUGGCGUGGUCAAAAGAAGGAUCCUUGGCGAGGAAAUUGUGAAAGCAAUAAGGUUUCCAGUGACGUCGCAGAAGGAGUUUGCUUCGGUUGUUGUGGAUUGUGACAUUUUGACUAAAAAAGAGAUUAGUUUCAUGAUGAAGCAUUACAGUGGUGUCGGUUUAGAGUCUUCUUUACCAUUCAUGCAUUCCCCUCGUAGAACUGGGCUUUUGUAUCGAGUUUACAGAUUUGCAAAAGUAAGCCGCCCUAAAGUGCCGCGCGGUUCCCGCAGUCAUGGUUUAUGGAACUACGUUGAUGGUGAUUCUGAUGCCAUUAACCUAACUGUCAGUAAGCCUGUCGUGUUACAUGGAGUGCAGCAUUUUGGUUGUGAUGGUGGCAAGUACACAGUUUCAUUAGAAGUGAAAGAUGGGAUGAAUGGUUUUUCUCUGGUAAAACAAACGGGAAUAUAUUCCUCCAAUAAAGAUGAGACAAAUGGCAGAAAUGGUUACUAUGGAUUUGAUGUCAUGUUUGAUCAACCAAUUUGCCUUGAAGCAGACAAAGCAUAUGAGAUUGUAUCUCUUAUCAAAGGUCCACUAUCGUGGUAUGUGACUAAGGGGAAGGAAUCGGACGAGGUUGAAGGAAUCCAGUUUUCAUUAAGCGAUUCACCUGCUUCUUCAAAUAGUACUGGUGUAAAUGGUGGCCAGUUUCCAGCAUUUAUUUUCAACAAAAUGUAGUUUAAUUCUGAGCUGAUGAUAUUGUUACUUUAUCAUCGAGGUGGUACUCUGCAAAUGUCAUUUUGUUAUUUAUGGAAAAACCUCUUUAAACAAGGCAGAUUCUCUUAAAGAGAUUCCCGGUCUGUGCACACGUCAGCCAAUCUAAUUUCUCAUUUUUCUAACAAAAGCGGAAAAAGGAAAUACCUGUAUUACUUAUCCUUAUCAUAUUUACAUAGUUUAAAGUACAGAAAAAAAUACAAAAACAGAAAAUGGUCAGGAAAAUCGAUCUUUUUUUCAUUUUUCUAAUUUUGACAUUCAAUUCAAAAAUACAAAAAAUACUGUAAAUGGCUAAAAGUGAUAUUUUGCUAUUUUUUAGUGUUUUGCUAUUGUUAGAAAAGUGAGAAAAAUGAAAUAAUCUCCAAUUCCUAGCUCAUUUUUCUAUUUUUCUGUUUUUCCCAAAAAAUGGAAAAAUGGAGUCUUUAGUUUUCUUUGCAGCUGUUUUUAGGGACGUCAUGCAACGCUCAAUCCCACAAACGGCUGCUUCUUUCGAACUACAUUCCUUUCCCUUAUGUAACCAAUAUGGCUCUUGAUGUGACCAAUCAGAAUUUGGUUCUCAUAUCCAAACUGUUCGCAACAUUAGGAACUAGCCAAUCACAGAACGUGUCUUAUAUUGGGGAGGAGCAUUGUGUCAGGACCCUAAAAACAGCUGCGAAGGUGACUAAGGUGGGUUAUACCAUUCGCGUAUUUUUUUCUCCUUCACGCCUACUAUUGUGAUGUUAGUAUAUUUGCAGGCGUGUGAAUCUAGGGGCUCUGCCAGAUCUGUCAAGUCGAAAGGAGAAUUCAACUAUUGGACCGGAGUAUCAGCCAGAUCAGUUAAUACCUAAAUGGUAUGUGUGGCAGUGAUGGGUUUUAAUAAACAUUUGCAGAAAAGGCUAAUAUUUCUUUUUUCGCAUCCAGUCUGGCCAGCCAGUUCUGACUUUUGGAAAGCGCCCUAAUGUCUAGACCAAACAUCGAAAUUUUCAUGGGAUGAACCAAAGGCUGUUGUAUAGCAAAGAGAAUUCAUUUACACUAUUAGCCCCAAGCACGCGCUUAAUGACCCCAAGGACUUUGUUGGCUUUAUUGACGACUAAUUAUUAGUCGUCAAUAAAGCCAACAAAGUCCUUGGGGUCAUUAAGCGCAUGCUUGGGGCUAAUAGUGUAAAUGAAUAAUUCUCUUUGCUAUACAAGUCUCUAGUAAGGCCAAUACUGGAGUAUGCGGCCCCAUUGUGGUGCUCCUUCCUAGUAAAGGACAUCGGUUCGCUAGAAAAAGUCCAAAGGAGAGCUUUGAGACUGGCUCUAGGCCAGAAGAGAGGCGAAAUGGACUACGAGGAACGUCGUUCCAUUUUAAAGUGGUCACCAUUAAAGAAUUGAAGACUAUUUUUCUCUGAUCGAGUGUUAUAAAUGUAUAUUUUCUUUAAGUAAUCUAGAAUUUCAAGACUUUUUCCAGUUUGCGUCAAAAUGAAUAAGAAGUAAUCAUAAUUACAAGUUGAAGUUUCAAGCGUCUAGUUGUAAUUUUUACAAAUAUUUAUUUUGUGUGAGAAUUGUAAAAGAAUGGAACGAUUUACCUGAGUGGGUUGUCAGGGCGGGCAAUCUUGCAUGUUCUAAAUGGAUCCAAUGCUUGUUCCAACUCCACCUGAAAACAGAAUUGGAGAAAAUGCAGAAAUUAAUCAGGUUGGAAUUUUUUUUCUUAUUUAAAAAGCUGAGUUCUAUCACCAGCUGCACUCACGAGAAAGGCUUACAUAGAGACAAACGUAGAUGAAGGAUUGCUGGCUUAAGAUACAGUAAGAACCCAAGUAUAAGAACCUAAGUUUUUCCAAGCUAGGCAAAGAAGGUUCUUAUAAAAAUGGUGCUAACUAGAAAAUUAGGCAACUCAGGUUCUUAAACAGGUUCUUAUUUUUCAAAAUAAGUAAGGUGUCUGUCAUUGGUGGGUGUGGCCCUUUUCGGGCCUAUUUUUGGUAUUGCAUGCAUAAUAUAUUAUAAAAAUCCAUUUAUGAAGGAUAUAGAUCUGCAUGUGAAUUGUCUCAUUGCCAGGUUUCAUUUUACUAACUGGUGGACUCAGCUUGUUUUAUUAAAUUUGUGUAUUCAGUGUUAAAAUAAGAACCUGUUCCAAAAUUGUAGCCUAAAACAGGUUCUUAUGUAAAAGGGGUCUUUAUAAUGGACAAUCUUAGGCUAACAGGUUCUUAAAAUCUAGGUUCUUAUACGCGAGUUUUUACUGUAUUCUUGAAGGAGCAGAUGAAGUUAUUUUCAUUCCGUACACUUAGAAUUUUUACGGCCACUUCAAAUUGUGUUAUUGUAACUCAUUAAAAACCAUGCCAGCCGAUACCGGCCCCAUGGAGCCAUUCCCCUUGUAACUCUUGUGAUGUGAUUAAUCUAAUGUUUAAGUAACGCUUUUGUGCUUUGCAUACGCAGAGAGUGAUCUUUUGAGCCAUUCCUAGCCUCUUCCAGGCACUCUGAUAGUGAGGAUGACGCGUAAGUGAAAGGCACGCGAAAAUAUGAGCGCGUGAUUUGGGAAAAGGGGCCUGGAACAGGCUAAGCCAUUCCCUAAUGAGAAUCAUUUCCCAAACAGGUCAGAGAUACGCGCCAAGAAAAACACAAAUUUGACUUGAACGUACAAGUGGAAAUCAUGAUCAUGUACCACUUUUCCAUGCUUUCCACCAAAAUAUAUUCCAGCAGAUCCUUGGAAAUUUCACCGCAAUUUUCCUCACACUGGAAUUAAGCCUGGUAACAAUCCAGCAAAAUAAAAGUUUACAGUAAGUCUAGCGGCCAGGGGAAAAUGUCAAAGAAAUCGCCCCACGUACAGUACUUGUAAGGUAAUCAAAGGGAGCCUUGGAUUCUAGAUUUCAGGCUGUGGAUUCCAAUUUCCCGGUACUGGAUUUCGAAUUUCUUGUCGAUCAGUGGAGCUUGGAUUCCCGAUUUCGAUUCUUUGCUAGGGGAACUUCUUGGAUUCCAGAUUCCACUCGUAAGCAGGAUCAAGAUACCCGUAGGGCUUUGUACGUUAUGCUUUUGUUUCCCCACUAAAAUGCUCCACCUUAAUGUUCCAUUUUUCCCACUAAAAUGCUCGUUACCAGCGAUAAGCGCUGGACAAAGAACCAUCCAAACAUAGCACACACAGCUGUGCGGGCGAUAGUAAGCGAGGAACCGGUGAUCCGGCCGGCUUUCAGCUGUGUACCGUACCGAUACGUCGACAAAGGGCGUUGGAUUCUCAUCUUGGAAGAAUUCUGGUGUUCCUUUCUGCUGGCAGGCGCUUUGUUGCACUUCAUACAGACACGGCAGCUGUAGCAGUCCAAACAAUGAUGUUUGGCGCUGGAAUCUCGUCAAUCGUUGCACUCCACUUCGCACCCCUUGCAAACCAAGAUGCAGCCGGGUUGUUCCGCUUCUGCGUGGCCACAACGCUCGCACGUCGAGAUUUCAGGAGCCUUCUCAGUGGCUGCAUCUACAAUAUGUAUAACGCUAUUGAUAACGCCUCGAUACUAGGGCUCCUCGAUACACUUGCACAUAGUUUCAUUAGAAGUGAAAGAUGUGGCAAAGGGUUUUUCUCUGGUAAAACUGAAGGACACAUAUUCCUCCGAGAAAUUAAAAGAUGAGACAAAUGGUUACUAUGGAUUUGAUGUCAUGUUUGAUCACCCUGUUUGCCUUGAGCAAGGUAAAACGUAUGCGAUUGUAUCACUUAUGAACGGCCCGUCAUCGUGGCGUGUGAUACACGGUAAAAACUCGGACGAAUAAAGAAUCCAGUUUUCAUUUAGGAGUCCAGCUUCUUCUGGGAAUGGAACUGAUGUUAGACUUGGCCAGUUUCCUUCAUUUAUCUUCAGCAGUAUGUCGUUUAAUUCUUAACUGACGAUACUGAUGAUUGUGGUACGCCGCGGAAUUUUUUAUUGAGGGAAUAACUACAAUGGAGGACAAAAUUCUUAGGACAAUUAACACGAUCUGCCUUAAUUUUUCCCCCUUUCCCCCUCUCCCCUAAGCAAUGUUGUAGUUUGUGCACCCCUGUAGACUUUACCCUGUCCCAAAAGUGUUUCUUCAUCCCAACAUUGUUUGGAGGGGGGAGGGGAGGGCCAGUCGCGGUAUCCAAGUGGUUAGAAAAGUGUACAUUAUGCUACAUCUGAACAUUUUGAUAAGUUAAGGAUGUGGAAGGAAGGUUUUCCAUAACCGUUCCAAGGAUUUUUGUCCUCCAUUGUAGUCUGCUACACAGCCAUUUUUAGUGUCGUCACGCAACGCUCCUCCCCACUAACGCUUAAACAGCACUCCCCACUAAGUGGGGAGGAGCGUUGAAUUGCGUGACGACACUAAAAACGGCUGUGUAGUAGACUAGGGAAUAACCUUAUCAAAUAAGCGGUGCUGUCAACUCUACUGGAUAAUCCGGGAGACUCGAGAUUUUGGACCGUAUCCUCCGGUCUCCAGAUUAGUGUCUGAUAUCUCCCGGACAAUUGCUAAAGGCGCUAUUUCUUGUAGACUUGACAUUUGAAAUAUUUUUCGUUGUUUGAGCUACUGUUAACAUGGAACGUUUCCUCAUAGAUUAUGGGAUGCCAUAAUUUAAGCAAUAAUGUGGCUAAGUAUGAACUGUUUAUGUGCUAUAUACGCUGAUUGCAAUCAACAAGCAUUUUUGGCUCAAAUGACGUCAUUUGUCGUCCGAUGUGACGUAAUCUAUCAUUCCUUCCCUAUCAAUUCUCAAUAUUUGAUGACGUGGGGGAUUGACAGUCCUGAAUAAGCCAGAGUCUUAGUAGAAGUAACGAAUCAUAUUCCCCACUACCUGUUGUUAGGGUUAGGAGGCUGAAUGCUGUCGACACACUGCCUUGUAGCUGAACUGGAAUGAUUUGCCAAGAAAACAAAUAUAGAGCUAGUUCGCAUGUUAGUUCUUAGCCAUUACAUCAAGUAAGACUUCGGACUCCUUUCACGUUUUAUUUAUUUGAGUUAAAGUAGUGAAGAAUGAAACAGUCAUACACAGAAAAAUUAAAUAGAGAAAUUUAGUGGCACUUACUCAAUUCCUCAUUUUUAACUCCUUGGUUUUACAAAGAUAAGCAGUUUUUUUUAAUCCAGUAAGCUAAGUAAUAGUGAAAAGAGAUUUAAGCGAUGUUGAAUUUUAUUGGCUAAGUGAGAUAAAAUGUCUCAAAUUGGUUUAACGAAUCUCUCUAAGCAAGAGAAAUUUUUAUGUUAUUCAGUAGACUACACUGAGGCUACACUGAACAGAAUUUCGUACCGAUCGGCGUGGCUCAUCAGCUUUGUUCCGUUACAGAAAUUAUGCCGAAAUGACUGUUCCCAAGUGUGGACAGAAGUCCUAUCCGGUAUGGUUUUUGUGCUGGCGCAAAAGGAUGUAGUAGGAACAUAGCUGAGUCAACUUUGCAGGUUGAGACUAGAGAUCUUCGGAAUAUUUGCGCGAACCCCACGGGAUGGCCAGAUACAUUUUGAUUCAAGCAAUUAGCUGCAGGUGUGUGGGCGAGCGUUGCGUGACGACACUAAAAACGGCUGUGUAGCAGACUAUAUGCCCUCCAGCAAGGUUUUUUCUACCAUGUGACCGUUUCGUGCAAAGGGCCUACUAACAUGAUUGGUUGAAGAUUGCGAAAAUGCUCAUGUGUGCACGGGAUGAGUAAAACUUGGACACAAGUAUUUGGCAAAUUUACAGUCUAGUCUUUUGCUAAUAAGAAUGUUAGGUAACACUCCCCUUAGCUGAUAAAGAUGCAACUUUUAAUCUUCAGUGAUGAGCAAAGCCGUAUCAAAGGUUAUAAUGGGCUUCGGCUUCUAAUUAAAAGAGGUGGUAAAAAUUUCUAAUGUUUAUCAGUAAAGGGAUUGUUUUCCUGAGUAGAAAUUAAAGGGACUUUCUUAAAGAAUUAAGAAGAUGGUAAGUCAAGGAAGUACUCGUUGCGAGGAAAGCUUUUAAGACAGCGUUUGUUUGUCACCCCGGGGUUUGUCAGUCCACCAGUCCAGCCUGGGGUCAAUUCUAUAAAACUUCUACAAGUGUAAUUUACAAGUGUAACUACUUUUUUGAGACCCUAAAACAAUAGCUUUACAGUUAUAAAAGUUUUAUUAAAUUGAUCGUAAAACUUUUACGAGUGUAAUAUUCAAGUGUUUUUAGAGCCUGGAAACAAAGCUACCCUUGCAAACUUAGUACUUGUAA